AUGAGAUUUCCCGUCUACAUGCACUGUUCCUUAAUCAUUGCACAGUUUUGUGUUCCCGCCAUUAUAAAUUUAUUUCCUGGAUUAUUGGAAUUCGUCGGACAAAAACGACGGAAGAUAUACCGACAAAUUGUUCAUAAACCAUUCAAUCCUCCCGAAUCUAGUGGCGUUAUCACAACCGCAAAUCAUUUGGGUCCCAUAUCAUCCAUAUCUAUAGAUAAUGCUGACUCGACGGCUUACAAAUCUCUCAAACUACUGCUCUUCAUGUGA